CUUCAGCAUUCGCUUAAGUCAACUCGUAGUCUGCAGUAUGCCUUUCAAGCCAGAGAUUUACUAUGAACCGGACCAGAAGGUCUGGAGUGGUUCGUAUGAGGCGCCCUACUUCUCCCCCGAUCUGUCCGUGGGCGAGAUCACGUUCUGGGAAAUGCAACGUCAUACACAGCUGAUCGCACAGAUCUCUGCCUCGGAAAAUACCACGCUGACCCGCGGCGAGCUGUUCUUGAACUCGCAGAGCAUUGCCACCUAUAUGCGCAACCUGGGCAUGUAUCAAUCGGACAUUGUGGGCAUUAUUGCCAGGAACACUACGCAUAUGUCCGCUGUGGUCUACGCUUGCCUCUUCAAUGGCAUCGCCUUCCACCCGCUGAAUGUGAACUACAUGGAGCAGACCAUUGAGAAGCUGUUCGAGAUCACCCAGCCCAAGCUCAUCUUCUGCGAUGGUGAUGAGUACGACAAGGUGAAGGCAGCAACGACCAAGCUGGAUGUCAAGAUCAUUACCAUGCGCAAUCACAAGGAGGGCUCCAUCAAAAUCGACGAUGUCAUCGCAACGCCCAUCCCAGCUGAUUUUGCACCCUUGCGCCUGGAGCAGGGCAACAACCAGACGCUGGGCAUUCUCUGCUCCUCGGGCACCACCGGCGUGCCCAAGGCCGUCACCAAUGCCUCAGCACACAAGUUCUUCAGCACCACCAAAUAUCUGACCACCGCUGAUGUUCAGUACUGCCACAGCACUCUGGACUGGGUGACUGGCUUCACUGCGGUCAUAUCGAGCGGUGUGCACAGCACCUUGCGCAUUAUAUCCGCCGAGAAUUUCGAUCCGACGCUGGUGUUGAACCUCAUCGAGAAGUACAAGAUCACAUGGCUGCUGAUUGCGCCCUCUCAUAUGGCCAUGCUGGCGAACAGUCCCGACUUUGAGAAGAUCAAGAUUGAUAGUCUGAAGCAUUUGCUGUAUGGCGGCAUGUGCUGCUCCCUGGAGGUGCAGCAGCGCAUUCGCAAGCGUGUGAAUAAGGGCGUGCUGCAGUUCGCCUAUGGCUUCUCGGAGCUGGGCUCCACGAACUGCACGCUGAACAAGCACUACGAUGAGAAGCCCAAUUCGGUGGGUCGCAUCUUGCCCGGACAGAAGCUGAAGAUCGUCAACGAGAACGGCGAGGCACUCGAACCGAAUCAAACCGGCGAGAUCUGCAUCAAUCCGUGCCAGUACUGGCCCGGCUACUACAGGAAUCCAACCGAGUCGCGCAUGGUGCGCGAUAGGGAUGGCUGGUUCCACACCGGCGACUCCGGCUAUGUUGACAACGAUGGCUUCCUGUACAUUUCGGGCCGCAUUAAGGACAUGCUCAAGUUCCAGAACAUCAUGUACUAUCCCAGCGAUAUCGAGGAUGUGAUUACCCAAAUGCCCGGCGUGGCCGAGGUCUGUGUCUUUGGCAUUCACAGCGACGAAAACAUGGAGGAGGCCGCUGCCUCGGUGGUGCCCAAGCGAGGCGCUAACAUCACAGCCGAGGAUGUGGUCAAGUAUGUCAAAGAUCAUGUCAGCACCAAUUACCUGCAGCUGCAUGCGGGCGCCCUUAUUGUCGACGACAUCAAGCGCCAGCCCAACGGCAAGACCAGUCGAGAGGCCACCAAGAAGCAUUUCAUUGAGAACUAUAGAAAAUAGUUUGUAUGCUUAAUU